ACCACCACAGAGCAAAGACAACGCUCAUCCUUUUCUCUCUUCUUUUUCUUCUGUGUCUCAAUCAUUCUUGCCAAACAUAGUCUACAUUCUGCUGUUUCAUGGCUGUGAAACUACGGUAUUUGGCUGUGUAGAAUUGAAAAUUGGGUUCAAUUUUCAGAUUCUUCUAUUGAGAAUAUCUGUCUCUUCCUUCUUGCCGAUUCUGGAUUGAAGUCGCAUGCCUCCCUCAACUCUGUUCAUAACAUGAGAAACAUAAUAUUAUCGAACCAGACCAUUGACCCAGAAAAACAGAGUGAUUCAACUGAAGGUGAAAAAUUAGCCAUAAAAAUUGAUAGAAAGAAGAAAGGUCAAGAAGAAAAUGGUGGAGCACUCACACUUAGAGUUCUGGACAUGAGAAACAUAAUACUAUGGAACCAGACCACUGACCCUGAAAAACAAAGGUGGUGCCGAAACGUUCGCAACGUAGAGGGCUUCGAAACGGACCGAUUCGUUUCGGGUCUUAGGCUGGUAGCCGAUGAACUUGUAUCGGAAUUUGCUGAUCCAAGCAAUGGUGCUUCAACUCCUGAUCAGCAACAAUAUGACGAGAAAAAUAUCCGUCGGAGGGUUUAUGAUGCUUUGAAUGUUCUAAUGGCAAUGGAUAUUAUUUCUAAGGAUAAAAAGGAAAUACAAUGGAAGGGUCUUGCUCGCACAAGUGUAAGCAAUAUUGAAGAUUUAAAGACAGAACGUCUUGGGCUAAGGAAUAAAAUUGAAAAGAAAGCAUCCUAUUUGCAAGAGCUGGAGGAUCAAUACAUAGGUCUUCAGAAACUUAUUGAACGAAAUGAACAAUUAUAUAGCUCUGGGAAUGCUCCCAAUGAGGUGUAUCUUUACCCUUCAUUCUGGUGCAGGUAUGCUAUGAUGUACUGUCUUUGGUUAUUUUGUCCACUACAAAUAGUUUCUAAUUUUUCCGCUUUGGAUCUUUGAUUUGUUAGAUAGUGCCUAUGCUUAUAUCUCCUUGGUCUUAAGUCUGAUGUAACUGGUCACCAUUCACUUAAUAUGUUGGCUUAAGGCCUAAAGUUUAGAUUACAAGUGAUGAGACCUCAGUUCUGCUUCUUGGGUAAAUUGAGUAGAAUAUUUUUUCUUCACCAUUGUUAUGAACAUUUGUUAGAACUUGACAUUUGAAAAUAAAUGUAGUUACUAGGGUUACUAAUAAUAUUUAUUCCAUUUAUUUUGCUUUUCUUAGGUAAGUUAGUCACUUUUUCAGCUCUAGGCUUAUGGAUAUCUAUACAAGAUUUAUGAUGAUAGUUGUAGACUACAAAGGUUUAGGAAGAUCGAGCGCACCCUUAAGCAAGAAAGUAACUAACUAAAGAAAUAUAUGUAGAGACAUAUAUUUCUUCACUAAACAAACCUAGUGAUAGACUCAUAAAUAAAAGGAUUUACACAUAUCUCUAAUUAUUGCAAUUACAUAGAGACAGCUCCUCACUACUUUCUUUACAUUAACUCCAAUAAAAUAUACAACUUAAUAUUCAUUUUAUAUUUAUAAUAAAUAUCAAACCGAAUCAAACCAAAUGUUAGUUUUUUUUUAAUCAUAUUUUUCAUAGAUCACCCACACCUCACUUUAAAAAACUUCACAACUUAUUUGUCUAAAUGAAUGAAUACUUCAAAACAUGUUUUUUCUCUCUCUAUAUACUUCUAAAAUUUUCAACAUGAAACUUUACUGUAAGAAACUUUAUUAUGGUGUUGAGACAAAAUCAAGACACUUAGAUAAAUUAUCAAAAUGAUGUUCACCAAACACUAAUAAAUGAUGAAAUCAUAUAUAAGGAGCCAUGCAAUUGCAAAACAGAAUGUAAUAUUUUGGAUCGGGAACAAAAAUAUUACUUUUCGACAAAGAAUUUCUUUUUUUCUGUUACAUUUAGAUAAAUUAAUUAACACAGAGAGAUUCGUGCAUUUUUAUCAUUUUUUUAUGUUUCCCAUUACUUUUAUUAUCCUUCUGGAUUUUUUUGAAAAUUAUGAUGUUAGUCCUAGUUACUUCUAAUGAUUGCAUGGCUUAUUGAACUUUGGAUAACACUAUAGCCCUUCUGCACUUUAUUUUGGCUAUUGGAUCGUUCGGUG